UCCAGAUCUUGUGACCAGCUGCCACCAACUGCACUGCACAUCCUCCACCACUCUCCUCUGGAUCUCUGAGCUGCUCCGACUCUUCCUCUCUCUCUCCUCCUCAAACACACACACUCCUCUCUGUGGUCCGUCACCUGCACUCCUGUCACAGCAUGCAGCUCCUGGUGGUGUUAGCGACUCUCAUGGGGGUUGUGUUCAGCAUUAGAGCAGCCGCCCUGCUUCCCGUGGAGGACCGGGGCUCCAUCCAUGUGAGCAGGGAGCUGAGCAAAGAGCGCAAGGAGUUGAUCCUGAAGCUGGUGUCCGGCUUGUUGGAUGGAGCUCUGGACACCAACAUGCUGCCGGGGGAAGCAUCACCUCUGGACCUUGAGGAGCCGAUGGAGUCUCGUCUGGAGGAGCGGGCGGUCUACAACAGGCUUUCACUGCCUCAGCGGGACCGCAAAGCCCCCUGUAAAAACUUCUUCUGGAAAACAUUCACCUCCUGCUAACAGCGCUCUGCCUGUCGACUGCCCUCCUCCCCGGCCAGCUCCUCAUGAACUGUCGUAGACCUCAGCUGUACAUACCGUCUCCACCCGUCAGACAUCGAUGGACUUCACUGACACAAUGUGUCUGUUUAAGCAUAAAUUACUUAUGUAUCUUUUUAUCUAUACGAUAUAUGUAUUUAUGUAUGUAGCCGUUUCUUUAAGGGUCAACAAUAAAGCAUGGAUGUAACGUUUGAGAUGGUUCCCACAGUUAAGUGCUUUUGUAAAUUGUUCAAAAAAGAAAAGGUCAUA